AAGGUCAAGAGCUCACACAUGCCGAGUAACAAUUGUAUACAACCACCAUCUUCAAGUCUACCACAUCUUCAACACAAUGGUCAACCCACUCUAUCUUUUCUCUGCUCUGUGCAUGGUAGCUGGGGUGCAAGCCUGCAAAAGAACCUGCUCUGCUACAGGCGACAGCGCAGGCACUUGUAGUUACAACUGCGCCCAUGUCUGUUCCAGCAUUUCCGCCAACGAGGCUCGAAACACGUUCCUUGUCGCCCUUCAGUCCAGUGGCAACUCAUGCUCUGCAGUGGGAACGAGCGUCAUUCACUGCACGAAGACGGCCAGCUUCGGGAGCUGUUAUAAUCACUACUGGUCUUGUGGGAGGGGGUGUUAGAUAGCGACGCGUUGACGGCUAUUGAGUUGGGACAUAUCGACAAUAGUUCACAGGAGUUGUUUGUGUGAGUCUGUCUCAUGGGAUACACUCAGAGAACUUGGGAAUUCUUUGCCCCACAAAAUCGUCUCCUUCUCCAUAUCCUUACAAGUGAUUUCACUCCUUAUCAGUCAAUAAUCUAUUUCGCAUAAAUACCC